CAUUUUUAAGUAAGAGGAUCAGCAACCUAAAUCAUUAAUUUUUUACCGCGUCGGUAUUUCAGAUCGAUUGACAACGGAUUUCGCAUGAAGCUCUUUUUUAACAGAAUCUGGCACAAGCGUCCUUGCUUUGGUUGUGACCACGGAAAGUAGCUUAUCAUAAGUAAUAUCGUGGCCAUGUUCUUUUAUUAAUUCCUUGCAGAUUAAUUUUACUUGAUCCCUCCAACCACACUCAACCAAACGACGACGUAAUAAUUCCUUCAAUCUAAAACAAAAAUAGCAAUAUGAACCAUAACCUAACUUCGUCGUGCUCCAUUUGCAAAUCGUAAAAUAACCAAGAAACAGUUCUUCUUUGAAACCUCAUUAACAUUUUUCUAUAAGCGAAUAUUCUUCAGUUAUAAGUUGACGUUUAAUUUUGAAGAAUUACAUUUCCGAUUGUAUUGGUAGAAUCUGUAGUACGGCGAAUUUAAUAGCAUCGAAAAUGUAUCUACAGUUAUAUUCAAACAUAAACUAGGAUUUCUAUCUAGGGAAAUGGUUUCUGUAAGGGUGAUUAAUUAUAUUCCAUUUAGGAGACUAGUAGCUGUCUCCAGUCUAUCGAACGUACGUAUUUCUUCUCAUUACAACCCAAUGUGUAAUGUUUCACAAAGCGUAUCGUACUGCACAAGGAAAACAGUCGUGAAGUCCAAUGCCAACGAACAAGAUAAUAGGGUACAAGUUGGAUUUGCGGAAGUAGUUAAAGAGAACACAAAAUCUAUUGGAUAUUUAAGCGUAAUAAUUGGUGGCAUAGCGAUCACAGGUUUAAUGUUUUAUAUGAUUUUCAAUGAACUAUUCUCCAGUAAAAGUCCGAAUAACGUUUAUAACAAAGCGUUGGAACGUUGCAAAAAAGAACCUAAAGUGAUAGAUGCUCUCGGAGAACCUAUAAAAGCUUACGGAGAGGAGAAUCGUCGUAGACGUCGUACACACGUUAGUCAUGCUACGUUUGUAAAAGACGGGGUGCAGCAUAUGAGAAUGCAAUUCUACCUUCAAGGUAUAAGGAGACGCGGUACAGUGACAUUAGAAGUACAAGAAAACGAAAAGGGCAAUUACGUGUACAGAUACCUGUACGUAUUAGUGGACGACAUAAUGCAAACUACUAUAAAGAUAGAAGACAAUAGAGCCGAAUACAACAUCCCCAACCACGAUACGAGCUUUGAUAUAAAUUGAUAUUUCCCACUCGCUCGAGUAGUCGAUUUGAUACGUUGUAUACAGAUGUGUUUGCAAGUAAUCAUUUGCGGCAUUUAAUAUGAAUAUUCUUUUGCGAAUAAAACCGUGAUACUCAGGAA